CUUUCUCCUCCCUCCCCACUCCAGCUCACAGCAGCAGCAGCAAGCUAGCAGAGCUUACAUCACACUUGUCUCCAGUCUAGAGCAAGAAGAGGAGAGGGCAAUGGCGAAGUCUGCAGCCAAGAUGGUGGUGGCCGCUCUGCUCGUCCUGGCCGUGGCCGCGGCGACCGCCGAGGCGAGGAACAUCAAAACCACGGCGGUGGCCAAGGACGACGCAGUCGUGCAGCCGCAGACCUUCCCGCCCUUCGACCGCCUCGGCGGCGGCUUUCCCGGCGCAGGCAGCAGCAUCCCGGGGUUCGGCAGCAUGCCCGGCGGUAGCAGCAUCCCGGCGUUCGGCGGCAUGCCAGGCUCCGGCGGCAGCAUCGGCACCAUGCCCCUCUUCGGCUCCCCGGGCUUCAGCGGCUUCGGCGGCAUGCCCGGGUCCCCCGCCGCCGGCUCCGCCGCCGAGCACGCCAAGCAGCCGUGAGUUCCGAUCCGUCCGCCGGAGUCCGGAAAUCUGGUCGGGCCAGCGUGGUAGAGAUUUGCUAGUGUCGGUAAUGCUUCAGUACUACGUCGUGGCGUGCAUGCAUGCGUGGUCGCCGUCGUUGGUUGGUUUCCCGGGCUCCAUUCCAUCUAUGUGUGUGCCCUUAAUAUGUGCAGUUAAGCUUGCACCGUUCGUCUAGCUAGCCAUAGCUUGUGUGUGUUCUUCUACUUGUAGUUGAUUACCUGCAUUGGAGAGUUGGAUUUGUUGGUUGUGUUUGAUUUGUUGUUUGGUUAGAGGUAGUAGAUGGUGUUGAGUUCUUAGUCAUGUAGUGGUGUGUGAUGUUUGUGUUGUUGUAAACUGGUAAUGGUACUUGUCCUAUUGUAAGCUUUAGCUUUCGUUGGCUUUGUAAUGCAUGAAUGGUUCACAUUUUUCU